UUAGCCUACACGACAGUGUUCAUGUGCCUCAUAAAAAUAAAAAUAUAAAAAAACUAGGUAGAAGCUAUAUAAAUAAGACCAGCGAGUCCAUUUCCCAUUGCUGAAUAAAUCCUAAUAAGAUAAGGAUUGAGAUAAGUAAAUUCAAUCUUCUAGAAGAUGACGUCACGUAAGAUUGAAAAUGUUCAUCUGGAACUGCUGGAGAAGUUGUUCGCUGACUCCGGUCUUGAGUGCAUCAGGUCUCCGGUACUGUCUUCUGAAUCCUCAAGCAGUUUGGGAGCCAGUGAGGAGCACGGCGAAGAAGAAGAAGAAGAGGAAGCCGCUAUAGAGACGGUAGCGGAGGAAGAAGAGAAGUCUCCUGUAGUCGAGGAGGAGCUGGAGGAGCUGCCCGAGAUAUUCCCCUCUCCCUCUCUCAGACACCUUCUGUCUGAUAAGGUCAGACAUAUACAGAAGCAGAAUAGAAUACACGUACUGCCAGAAGAGUUUAAAAAGCGCAUCAAUCCCCAAAACAUACCCAAAAUAGCAGUCACUCCACAACAGAAAUACAUUGAGAUGCUAGGAGAUCUAGUUGGCUGUAAGCGGUACAGAAGCAGCUUGGCCGAGUUCUGGUUUCUGGAUACCUUGGCUAAUUUACUGUGGAGAGCUCAGGACGAUGAGCUGGAUAGACCAACCCAAGCUAUCUUGAUCCUGUGGUUCUGUGAAUGGAUGAAGGAGAUGCAGCAUUUUGAUGCAGCUAGCAGGCCUCGGAUGAUGAAACGAUUCAAGGACAACAUGCUAGCAGCUGCCAAGAUACUGGCCACGGAAGACCGCCUCCCCGCACCAUCGGAAGCUGGGGUUUACUACAAGGCUGUUGACGAGCCUGACGACCCUGAACACACCAAGUCCAGUACUCAUACUAUAAAACACCUCGUCAAUUUUGAAGGAGCGGUGUACGAGUGCUGUCUUAGAGAUCUCAUCAAGAUUAUCCAUUAUAUUUUUGAUCUAUUCAGCUCAGACUACCAAUAUAACUUAGUCCGAUCAGUGUUCACGUUUACGCCUGAAUAUGCGCUCAUAGACGCGCCUUACCAGAUUCAGAACCCAAAGAGGAUGUAUGCAGCCUUAAAGGUUAAGCCGAAGAAAGAAGCGAAAUCGCCGAAAAAAGAAAUUAAGCCUGUCAAGGGGAAGAGAAAGGAAGAUACUUCAGAAUAUUUGGCGUUGUUGGAUCUAAAAGCUAAAGAAGAUAAACUCCUGGAGGAACAAGAGGAACGCGACCGAGAGGAGUGGAACCGUCGCAGCCACAUCCUGCCCCUGAACUUCGCUGCUGGAGACGAGUUCUUCAACAAGUACUGGCCGCCGCCCACGCCUGCCCCCGAACCCGAAGUGGUGUUGGACCUCAAGACAAAAGCGAAGCCGAAGGGAAAGAAAUAAUCUGAGUACUAGACGAAAUUACUAUCACAUUUGAUUGUAAGAUUGUGGAUUGGGACUAUGAGAUUUCUGGGAUGAAAAUCUUUCUUGGAGGUGGAAUCGGUUUUGGUAUUCCUAGCCAAAUGCUGCAGCUGGUUAUUUUGUAUACAUUUUGGAUUUAUAGUAUACUGAUUAUAUGAUGUCCAAGAAAAACCAAGGAAACAGGUACCUGCAAAUUGAAAUCAAAAAAUUGAUGUAGUCCCAAAAAACUACAUGGGAAUUAUCAAAACCAAUUGUGUUUUUAUAUACAUCGUCUACCAUGAAAAGAAAAAAAAAAUAAGCUCGGUACACAAAACCCGACAAUAGUAAAAUAACAUUUAUUAAUCGAUUAAAUUCUAUUAUCGAUAUUAUAAAGAAUACAAGGAAACAACUAAAACAAGCAAUACAGGUUACAGUUGACUUUAUUCACUAUAAUUUACAUCUUGACAACUUGCAUUCAAUGUGGGUACAAGAAUAAUGUCUUUUUAAGUUCCAACUAUUUAAUACGCAAAAUAUUUUUUUCAUUUAUCAUGAAUUGUGCUUUAUAACGUCUUACUCCUAAAAAUUUUGAAAAACUUACCAAAAUAUAAAUUUUUGAUUUUUCGUUUUCCAAAAUUUUUUGAAGUAAAACUACAAUUUAGCUGAACAAAUAACAAAAGCUUAGAUAUACGAACAAAUGAUAUACAACUUUUGAUAUGAAUAUGCACUUCGGGUGUGCUGCCAUCUAGUGAUAUUUAAAGUAACUUUUAGUUUUUGUACGAACUCACAGAUGGCGUUAGUCUUAACAAAUCCACCGAAAAUAGACCGAUUUCACUGCCUUUGUUACUUAUUUAGCUAAAAUAAAAUAAAAAUGGCAAUAAUACAUAUUAAACACUAAAAUAACGUUUUAUUUACAUCAAUUUUUAUAAACUAACUGCUAAGAUACGACAUAUAGAAUAUAUUUGGUUAAAAUCGAGUAAUAAUUUGCUGGUUUUUAUCCUAUUAUACUAAUUCUCGAAAUUAAUAACAUAGCCAGAGAAUUAUCGACGGAAUUUCUAAUGCCCUUUGUACGAAACUAAGUAUUGCGUGGGCUUACGAACCUCAUGGCGUUUGUCGUGUAAAAAAGGCACUAGAAUUUCUGUCUUAUGUAUGUAGGGAUGAAUCAACGUAUGUUAUUAAUUUCGGGUACAAUUACCUAAACACUGACGUUCUUAAUAAGAUCAAUAUUUACUUAUUAAAUAACUUCUUUAAUUUAAAAUCACAAAACAAUGGAAUCUUAAAGAUUUACACCGAAAGACGAUUCUAAAACAAUUCAGAGUAUUUAGAGAUAGAUCGAAAUUAAAUAAUGAUAAUUAUAGAUUUUAAUGCAUAUAAAUAAAGUAAGUUUUUCAGUCAAAAUGAGAUUAAGGAAUAUUUUGUAAACCAUGAAAUUAGGGUAUUUUAGAUAACGAUAAACAAAUAUGAAUUAAAGGUUAACAUAAAGUAAUAGCUGACCUGGCUCACGUUUUUUGCUAUGAAAGGGUUAAAGGGAAUUUUUGGCAUAGAAAAAUAAUUACAUAUGAAUAAAAAGCACGGUGAUGAAAAAAAAAAGAUGUAAGAUUCUCAGACGUUUCCCAUAUGCACACUGCAUUUCAUGAGAAUCGUGACACGAUAAUU